GUAGAGUUCGCAGUUUUGGCCAGAUACCCGAUACUUGCACAAAGUAAUGGUCGCUUGAUUGACUGCCUCUGUUAGUUCAGAUGUUAACAAAGAUAUAGUUCAUAAUGUAAUACCUGUGCGUUAAUAGUUUGAUUUGCUUCUUUGGAAAUCAUUUAAUUGCAACACUGUUUUAGAAAGUCACGACUGAUCUUCAAUAAACGCAUGCGCAAUGAUGGAUUUUGCACCUUAGAUUCAUAUGCUUUGAAGACUUCUCUUGGGAAACAACCGGCAAUAGGAACGGCCCUCCGUAUACUACAACAGUUGAUUAAUACCUGAAUACCUGCUCUGGUCAAACGUGUAAUACCUUUAAUUCUUGUGUAGUCCGAAAGAGUGUGAAAAAUUCAAUAGAUAAAUAAAGAGUUCGCGUCUUCGAAGCACAAAAGAAAAUUAAGAAGAUGGCAAUACUUGCGAUUUAAAACCAACCAAAAAAGAUUAAUCUGCUCGAAGGAGUUCAAACCAGACAGCUAUUCAUGCAUACAGGUGAACCUACAACAAAAUAGGUUAAAUGACACUCAAUUGGGAAAAAUGAUGAGGAUUCACUGCUUCGUUCUGUGGCUGAUGUAUCUAGAUGGUUAUUUCUCUGCUAAUCUCACAGACGUAGAAAACUUGUACAGUACUUUAUUAACAAACUAUAACAAAGACGUACGACCACUGACAACGACGAACGCGCCUGUUUACGUGAAUGGUACGUUUAACCUUGUAGGGCUCAAGGAAUUCGACGAAGUAAACGGCAAGUUUUCAUUGAUCGGCUUCUUUACUUUUACGUGGAUUGAUUCACGAUUGUCUUGGGAUCCGAGUUCGCACAAUUCUAUUUUCACUAUUGAGCUGCCGGAAACAAAAGUAUGGGUUCCAAAUUUGAUGAUUGGGAAUCCGUAUGACAAAAUUGGAACUUUAGGUAAAGGAAUAUUACCUGUCACAUACGUCUACAAUGGAUUGGCUUAUUGGUCACCAGGUGACGUCAUAUCAAGCGGAUGUGAGGUAGAUGUGACGUAUUACCCCUUUGAUACGCAAAAUUGCAUUGUGAUGUUUAUGUGUUGGGGUUACACUCCAGAAGCAGUCAUUACAACUGCUCAAACUCCUGAAAUUCAGACGGCUUAUUUUUCUGAACAUGGAACCUGGGACAUAAUCGAAAAAGAGUUGAAGUCCCAUUUAGACUCCACUAUGUCCUACAUUAGCGUUGAUAUAAAAAUGAAAAGACGCCCAGCCUUUGCUGUUAUCAACAUUGUCCUUCCGAUGGUUUUCAUGGUGAUUUUGAAUUUAUUAGUUUUCAUCUUACCAGUGGAUAGCGGCGAAAGGGUGUCUUAUUCCAUCACUGUGCUCCUUGCCAUAGCGGUGUUUCUAACUCUGGUUGGUGACAAUUUGCCGAAAACAUCCACACCGACAGCGCUGUUGUCUUAUUUCCUUCUCGGGGAUCUGAUUCUGAGCUCUGUGAUUUGCUUGAUUGUGAUUUUAGGCUUGACGUUCCACCAUAGGGAUGACUCUGAAAGUCCCGUACCAAAUCGUGUCGCAAGAGCAGUGAAAUUUUGUUGUUAUCGAAAAGUUUGUCGUUUCAAGAACAAAACAGCCGUAGAGGCCUUUAACGAAAACGCAGGAAAGAAAUCAAAGAUUCCAGAUGAUGACGAUGACGACGACGACGACAUAGUUGUGACGUGGAAAAUGGUGUCCAAGUGUUUUGAUAAAUUCAUGUUGAUGUUUUCCCUUUUGGCCAUUACCAUACAAACGGUGUUGUUUUUUGUAAUGACUAUGCAAUAGAAAUUUAUGAUAAUGAAAGUAUGAAUUGCAUUGAUAUCUUGUUGCUCAAAGCAAUCAAUCAUAUAUAAUAAUCAUUCUAAUCUCAUCAUCCUACCCUGAUAAUUAAAUACUUGCAGUUUUUCAUGGCAAUUGGUAGUAUUCUUCAUAACAACAAAUUGUUUUAAAAACCAUAGAAACAAACUGUAUCGUUUUAAAGUUUUAAAAACUUCUUUGUGGAAUGAAUUCGAAAAUUAACGUUGAUCAUUGUGUGUUUGGUUUCCAACAGUUCCACGCACGAAUUGAACGAGAACACUGGAUCCCAUAUCAGCAACCCAAUGUCAUAGAAAUUUUAUUUAGUCGAGUAUGUGCGGUUGAAGUCUUUCAAACCGCUCAAUAUCAUUAACAGUGUUACAUGUAUGUAGUUUUCUGUUUUGCAAGUGUUUACUCACAAACGUAAAGAAGACGUUCCGGGAAAUUAGUCCAAAAGACAAACAUUAUAAUCUCAUCAAAGUUGUGAUAAAUAUUUGUUCGAUUGAGCAAAGGAAAGCCGCAUAUGCUGCUGCGAUCAGUUUCACUCUCACGCUGUCACGUGACGCUACAAAGCCGAAGUUAUUUUAAUUGAUAUCUUGUAUUCGUUUACUCGCCUUGCAUUGCAGACUCUAGGCUACUUUCAAUCCAUUAGAAAUAAUGUGUACUUAAUUGUAUUUAUUUUACCAGUAGUUUUUUUUUUCAAUUUCUUAAGAAGAAAUCUAUAGUUCUCAAACUGAGUUAGAAACUUAACUAAUUACCCUUCAUUUGUAUAUGGCAUUUGUAACAUUGUUUCAAGUACAUGUAUCUGCUUCAGACAGGAUAAAUAAAGAGACAUCAAAUGUUUUAUGUUGCAUAAAUACAGAUCAUUAAUGUGCAAACUGCAUAUAUAUAUAU